UCCAGCGGCUCCAGCUCCUCCUGCGGACCCCACGAGGCGAUCCGGACACUCUGGCGCUGUCCACAGUUCCCGCGUGGAGCGAGCCCAGCUCGGCUCAGCGGAUCCAGGAUCUGAACCUCCACGGAGCCGCCGGACCCACGGCGGCGAUGAUGGCCCCGCCCCCCCAUCCAUUUCCCACUGUGGACGUCCCUGACCACGCCCACUACACCAUCGGCUCCAUCAUCCUGGUCAUCGGCGUCACAGGUGUGGUCGGGAACUUCCUGGUGAUCUACGCCUUCAGCAGGAGCCGCAGCCUGCGGACGCCGGCCAACAUGUUCAUCAUCAACCUGGCCGUCACCGACCUGCUGAUGUGCAUCACCCAGUCGCCCGUCUUCUUCACCACCAGCAUGAAAAAGAGGUGGAUCUUUGGAGAGAAAGGCUGUGAGCUGUACGCCUUCUGCGGCGCCCUCUUUGGGAUCUGCUCCAUGAUCACGCUGAUGGUGAUCGCCAUCGACCGUUACUUCGUCAUCACACGCCCUCUGACCUCCAUCGGCGUGUUGUCACGGAAACGGGCGCUCCUCAUCCUGCUGGCAGUGUGGGCGUAUUCGCUGGGCUGGAGCCUUCCGCCGUUCUUCGGCUGGAGUGCCUACGUACCUGAAGGCCUCCUCACCUCCUGUACCUGGGACUACAUGACCUUUACCCCCUCGGUGCGGGCCUACACCAUGCUGCUCUUCAUCUUCAUCUUCUUCCUGCCACUCUUCAUCAUCAUCUACUGCUAUGUCUUCAUCUUCAGAGCCAUCCGCUCCACCAACCGGGCGGUGGGGAAGCUCAGCAGCUCUCGGGACGCAGUGAAGAGUUUCCACCGACUGCAGAAUGAAUGGAAGAUGGCGAAGAUCGCUCUGAUCGUCAUCCUGCUGUACGUCGUGUCCUGGUCGCCGUACUCCGCCGUCGCUCUCACCGCCUUCGCAGGGUACGCGGACAUGUUGACCCCCUACAUGAACUCCGUUCCCGCCGUCAUCGCCAAGGCCUCCGCCAUCCACAACCCCAUCAUCUACGCCAUCACUCACCCGAAGUACAGGCUGGCUCUGGCCAAGUACGUCCCGUGUCUGGGUGCGCUGCUGUGUGUCCGUCUGCGUGACCUUCACUCCUCCAGCAGCAGCUUCCUGUCAACGCGCCGCUCCACCGUCACCAGCCAGAACUCCGACAUCAGCAGCCAAUACCGGCACAGCGCAGCCAAGUCCCGCCUCUCCUCCGGCUCCGACAGCGAAUCGGGUCUGACGGACACGGAGGCCGAUCUGUCCAGUCUGGGCUCGCGGCCGGCUAGUCGCCAGGUUUCCUGUGACAUCAGCAGAGACACCGCCGAGCCGCCAGGCGGAAAACGGUCGACCAGCUUCAAGGCCAAGCUGAGGAACCAUGACUCAGGAAUCUUUGAAAAGACGUCGUUUGACACCAUGUCCAUGGGAGGAGUCAGCGAACGCAGCAGUGUCCCAAAUAGCGGGGACGCCUCAGAGGGACACCUGAUGAGGGGACAGAUCGGCCGGAUCCCCAGCAUCGUCAUCACCUCAGAGACCAGCCCCUUCCUGUCCAUUGGCCGGAGCGGCUCGCGGACGUCCCGGCCCAAAGCCUCCAGCGGAGCCCUGGGGGCGGGGCCAGGGUAGAGCCCCGCCCACCAGUCAUAUGACUGGUGCAGAUCUCAGCAGAUAAAACCAGAGUUUACAACUAUUCAAGUUAUUUUAAUGUGACAAAGAUCUGUCAACCUUCAUGAAGACUGAGGGGAAAACUAAACAAACUGCAGUGGUGGGCGCUAAUCUGCUAAUCUGCCAGAAGCUGAGCUAAUGUUUUUUUUAGCGCUUUAAUGUCAGCUUCCACCAGAUAAUGAAUUGUAAUUGAACUUUAGCAUUAAUGGUACUGACAAUCAUGGUUAGUGCUUGUGGUUAGCAUGUUAGCAUUAGAGAAAAUAAUGUUUCUGGUUACUCAAACUAAAUUUGUGGUUAUCACAUUAGCGUUAGCUGAAUGGUUAGCGCUUUAGCAUCAGCACAGCUAACCAGUUAGCUAGCAGUCCCCACCACUGCUGAGCUGUCAUUGAAAACAAACCAAAUUAAUCAAGUUCAGCUUUAAACAAUAUAAUCCAGAUUCAGACAGAAAGAUGUCGGGACAGAAUCCGGAUCGGGAUUAACUGAGACGGCAAGGGAGCAGAACCAGCUGGACGGUUCUGAUGAGAUCUCAAUCUGAUCAGAAAACAUCUGCAAACCUGUACAGAUGUCCUCUGCUAUGAUUGGCUGGUUCCGACUGAACCACUCCAAGUUGACCCCAAAGAGAACCGGUCCAGGGUCAGCUUCUGAUGGUUCGUUCCCCUGAGGGAGGAAUCCAGAUGUUCAUGUUUGUUGUUGUGUAUUUAUGGAAUGUUUUUCCUGUUUCACUUUUUAUUGUUCUGAAUGUUUAGAUGUUUUCUGGUUCUGGAACCCAAAGCCGGUCCAACUGAACCGGAACAGAACCCUGUCCUGAAGCUGAUUGGUUCCAGAUGACAUGAUGUCACUGAGAGUUUUGAGCUCCAGGUGAACGACCUUGUGGCCCCGUUUGGGUCGGGAUGUUCCGGUCCAGCCAGCAUAGCUGGAAUGUUUCUCUGCUUUUUGUUUUCUGGACGGUUUUUGUUUGGUCACUAAAACUGGAGCAGAACCUCCAGUCCAGAACCUUUGAGUGGUUCUGUCACCUCCCAGACCUGCAGAGUAAAUAUUAAUGUUCGUGAUCCUGAAGCUGUAAAUGUUCUGAGUAUUUAUGCCGACCCGUGUUGACCCGGUUUAUUUUUCUAAAUAAAGAUCCGUUCUCCAGCCCA